CUGAAAGGGGAUUUUUGCUGUAUCUUUGGCUCAGAGGCCUCAGGGUGUGUUUGCCACCGCUGUGUGAGCAAACAAUGACGGAGGACAGGCUGAAGGCGGACCCCUCCAAGCGGGAGGGGCUGGACUCAGUAGAGGGAGACACAGAGCCCAGCCUGCUGCUGCAGAAACUAAAGAGCAACAUCUCUAAGAAUGUACAGGGCAAAGUGGACGUUAUCCUGCAAGAUGUGCAGCGCUUCUCUGACAACGACAAACUCUACCUUUACCUCCAGCUGCCUUCUGGCCCCAGUUCAGGGGAGAAAAGUCUGGCAAUGGCCCCGCUGGCACAACUUAGGCGGUGGUGUAUUUCUGCAUCGAUGUCAGCUUUGGAGGAGAGAACACUGCCAAGCAGCAGCAGUGACCCCAGCUCCUUCAACACAGCUGACCAGCUGCACACCUGCAACUGGAUCCGCAGCCACCUGGAGGAGCACGCAGACACCUGCCUGCCCAAGCAAGACGUCUACGAGACAUACAAGAGAUACUGUGAAAACCUGCUGCACCGGCCUCUGAGUGCUGCCAACUUUGGGAAGAUCAUCCGUGACAUCUUCCCCAACAUCAAAGCCCGGAGGCUUGGUGGCAGGGGACAGUCCAAGUAUUGUUAUAGUGGAAUCCGCAGGAAGACGGUGCUAAACAUGCCACUGUUGCCAAACCUGGACCUGAAAAACGACCCAUCGGAGCUGACGGAGCUGGUGCAGACCUACAAGCAAGAGGUGACGGAGGCGGCUUGUGAGCUCAUCUGUGAUUGGGCCCAGAAGAUCCUCAAGCGUUCCUUUGACACAGUGGUCGAGAUCGCCCGUUUUCUUGUGCAGGAGCACAUCGUCAAUCCGCGCUGCAGCCAGGCUGAACUUGUCACUUCUGCCGCUAUGGCAGGAGGUCCUGCAAAGCCCCACAAGGUGAUCAAGAAGAACCCAGUACCAUCCAAAGGAGGUGGGCCAGAGACGGAAGGGAGCGGCUCUGAAGCUAAAGUAAGGGAUAAAGACGUUGGGGAUCAGUCGUUGCCAGGGAAACUGCAGUCCAGUGACAAGGUUAUGAAAGGGGCGGAGUCGGUACGCCCGGGGGGUCGCGAAUUGCAGGUGGAGGCUCUGAUGAAACACUUGCCCCGAAUCCUGCCUCGCAGCUCUGUCCCGGAAAAGUCCCAGCUUUCGGUGCGCUCCUCGCCUCCCUCGCUGGCGCCCAAAGACGCAGGCGGCAUGAAAGUCAUCACGAUGACUGCCCUGCCCCAGCAGCAAGGGGGCGCUCUCCCCGUCAUGAUCCUCCCCCAGAGCGUCAGCCUCUCCUACCCCGACAGGGAAAAAGCCCCGUCAAUCACUAUGGCGCCCGUGGCACCAACGUCGGUGGUGCAGAGGGCUCGCGCAGUGGGCAAACGGGCCCCCGAGGCAGCAAGUGGGAGCCCCGGGCCGGGAGGCACGCCGGCCAAACGGAAAAGAGGACGACCCAGGAAGCCACGGCCAGAGGACACCACCCCCCCGCAGCCGCCCCCUCCACCCUUACCCUCGGUCAACCAAGCCCCUAUUAUGAAUUCCCUCACCGGAGGGGUGAUCCAGAAAGCCUGCUCUUCCUCCUCCUCCCAGGUGGUGGAGGUCGUAUUCCAGGACCAGCAGGCCGUGGUACUAGGUCAGCUGCAUUCGGUAGCGGACACAGGUGACCCAGAGCACCGGGGCGUGGUGCUCGAGACUGACCCACGGCCCGUGCUGCUGCUGUCAGGGGCCAGUCACACAAACUGGGACAUGGGCAGGGCCAUGGUAGAGGUCAUCCAGAGGGCCCCGAGACCACCCACCAUCAUCACCAAGAACAACAACAACUCCCAGUCUACCCCCCAGCACCGCCUGCCCCUGCCCACUGUGGUGGAGGAUCGAGGGGAGGUGGAGAUCACCCUCACCCCCGUGGAGCCUUCGGACGAUCUGCCGACCCCCACUGGCCAGGCUAGCUCGACCCCCACUGCCCAGGCUAGCUCGGAGGGUGGCCCCACACCCGAUGACAGCUCUAAAGAACCUAGCCCUGGCCUUCCUUGUCCCAGAGACUAAGGAGCACUAAGGGACUUUAUACUACCCUUAGGGGGAGGAUAACCACCCCCAAUCAUCUUCUCCCAGGUAGCGUCUUCUCCCCGAUUGGUGGAAAUCCAAGAUUGGUAGCGCAGAGAGCCAAGAAGGAUUGAUGAAGCCUAAACACUAUUAAUCCCUGUUGACCUUCCGUUUAUAACUCUUUGCUGUGACUCUAACUGCAUGUUUGUCUUUGUAAUUGUGAGCAGAGAGAGCGAUAAAGGCGGUUCCAUAGUUCUUAUGACGAGGGGGGGGGUAUUUACGGGUUCGGACCUUUUAAGGUAUUAAGUGCUACUCUCCCUGAGAGGAACUCCCCUCAGUGUUUAUUUUCUUUUAAUAAUAUACAGUUGAAAUCGGAAGUUUACAUACACCUUAGCCAAAUACAUUUAAACUCAGUUUUUCAUAAUUCCUGGCAUGUAAUCCUAGUAAAACUUCCCUGUCUUUGGUCAAUUAGUAUCACCACUUUAUUUUAAGAAUGUGAAAUGUCAGAAUAACAUUUGAUUUAUUUCAGCUUUUAUUUCACAUUCCCAGUGAGUCAGAAGUUUACAUGCACUCAAUUAGUAUUUGGUAGCAUUGCCUUUAAACUGUUUAACUUGGUUCAAACGUUUCGGGUAGCCUUCCCACAAUAAGUUGGGUGAAUUUUGGCCCAUUCCUCUUGACAGAGCUGGUGUAACUGAGUCAGGUUUUUAGGCCUCCUUGUUCGCACACGCUUUUUCAGUUCUGCCCACAAAUUUUCUAUAGGAUUGAGGUCAGGGCUUUGUGAUGGCCACUCCAAUACCUUGACUUUGUUGUCCUUAAGCCAUUUUGUGCCACCCCUGUGCUUCACAGUUGGGAUGGUGUUCUUCGGCUUGCAAGCUUCCCCCUUUUUCCUCCAAACAUAACGAUGACUCAUUAUAGCCAAACAGUUCUAUUUUUCUUUCAUCAGACCAGAGGACAUUUCUCCAAAAACCGUUGUCUGGCUUUUUAAUGGCGGCUUUGGAGCAGUGGCUUCUUCCUUGCUGAGUGGCCUUUCAGGUUAUGUCGAUAUAGGACUUGUUUUACUGUGGAUAUAGAUACUUUUGCACUUGUUUCCUCCAGCAUCUUCACAAAGUUGUUUGCUGCUGUUCUGGGAUUGAUUUGCACUUUUCGCACCAAAGUGCGUUCAUCUCUAGAAGACAGAACGUGUCUACUUCCUGAGAGGUGUGACGGCUGCGUGGUCCCAUGGUGUUUAUACUUGCAUACUAUUGUUUGUACAGAUGAACGUGGUACCUUCAGGCGUUUGGAAAUUGCUCCCAAGGAUGAACCAGACUUGUGUAGGUCUACAAUUUUUUUUCUGAGGUCUUGGCUGAUUUACAAGUGAAAUAAUCUGUCCGUAAACAAUUGUUGGAAACAUUACUUGUGUCAUGCACAAAGUAGAUGUCCUAACCGACUUGCCGUAACUAUAGUUUGUUAACAAGAAAUUUGUGGAGUGGUUGAAAAACGAGUUUUAAUGACUCCAACCUAAGUGUAUGUAAACUUCCGACUGUAUAUCUUUGGUUGUGUUAUGUUAAUGUUUGUAGUUGUGCUUUCAAAUAGACUUCCAGAGUAAAGGAGAAUGCAUGACUCGUUGCUGGUGGAGCUGCAUUUAAAUGAUGCCACAGUGUUGUAAAAAAUUGUGUGACAAGAUUGUGAGUUUGCCCCCUCCCCCUUCUCCAAAUCCAUUAAAUUGGAGUGUGACAAGGCGAGCACUUACCAGGUCGUCAUGCCAAUAUUACAGCACUUCCUGUUAGCGAUUUAACAUAGAUUACGAAACGUAGACACCAUAUAGGCUAGACUAUGACAAACAGUCAUUAAAUAUGCCUAUUUUGAACUUGCAUCACCUCGGGCGAAAGCGUCAAAGCACAAACCUGCGAGCCUAGUGUAAAACCUUGAGCGCGGCAAAGAGACAUAAUGAAAUAUUAGCGCAGAUUUAGAAAAUUAUUUAGCCUGAUGCUAAGCUAAUGCAGGUUGCCAAGCCCUUUUUUUUAAUAAGUUAUGGAUGUUGUACCUUAGUCCUAGAGUGUAUAAAUAUGAUAUAAUUUUCACAUUUUCAAACUGUCUGGCAGAGACAACUAUUUUUAGUCACCCUUUGCCAAACUUUCAGCCUCUGGCUUUGCCUAGGGGUGCAUACAUCUUUGGUGCUGAACUGAGGCAUAUUGCAAUACAUAGCAGUACAUGAUAAUGUAAGAUAUUGAUACCCUUCAAUCCAAACCCAGCAUAUCAUCCAAAGUAUCAUCAGCCUUAAAUAGCCUGGUUUUGUGUUUUUUAUACCUUCCGUCCUUUGACAAUGGGCGAUUUCAAUUUGUGAUCCCCAGCCUCAGCCCUUUUGGAAUUAAAUUGAAGCAGACAACAAGAAUAUUUGCACUGAUAUGAAGAAAUCAAAAAGGGAAGAGCCUGUUGGUUAGAACAUAUAAUAGUAGUGAUUACUAGGAAUUAAAACAAUGAUUAAAAACCUGCUAUAUGCUUGAGGUAGUUUUAGAUGAGGCUAUGUUAGCUUUAUUUUUCAUUAGAGUUGAUGGUGAAAUUUGACUGAAUUGAGAAUGAGCACUACGGAAUUAGACUUUAUUAUUAGUCUAUGCCAUGUUAUUGUCCUUCUGUAAACUAUGGGCUUAUGAAGAGAGAAACUUUAUGUAAAUUCAUGAUGCAUUCAUUUGGUACUGUAUUGGUGAGGACACAAGUUUGUCUACACACUACACUAUUUCCUGGGAAAACAGGGAUUCCCUAUGUCUGUCUUAAUAGAUUUUCUCCCCAACCAGUAUGUAGUACAAGGGUGACCAACCAUAUACAUACAUGUGGCCAACCUUCUUGCUUGCAGGCUUUUGUCCCAGCCCUAUUCUUACAUACCUGAUUCUAUUCUACUAAUCAGCUACUCGUGAUUAGGUAAAUCAGUUGUGUUAGAGCAGAGCUGGAAUGAAAUCCUGCAGUGCAUACCUUGUAGCUGUGAGGAGGGUUGGCCACCCCUGAUCUAGUAUAUUCUAUUGGUCUGUUAAUUGUGUAAUUACGAGCAGAGCUGGAAUGAAAUCCUGCAGUGCAUACCUUGUAGCUGUGAGGAGGGUUGGCCACCCCUGAUCUAGUAUAUUCUAUUGGUCUGUUAAUUGUGUAAUUACAUGUGCAUAGUUAUAGUAACUCAACUUAUCCUCGUUGAUGACAUUGGAGUAUGAGCUAGCAAUGAUCUCAGAGUUGUAUUAGUCAAUUGACAGAUCAAGUUAAUAUCAGUAAGAGGUGGGUUUUACUUUGAAUGAAAACUACUGAUAAACUGGAGGCCCAGGGGACACAAACAGGUAACCCCUUCCCUAAGUAAGUGCAGGUCCUUUAGUGUGCAGUUAAAUGAGUGUUGCAGUAAGUGAAUGAGUGCGUGGGAGAACUUUUUCACUGUGGAGCCACGGUGCUCAAAAGAAACGGGUUAGAGAAUCAAAGAUAAGGAUCGGGAUCCGGGUAUCGGAGCCUUGACCAUAACUGGCGGUCAAACCACAUCAUGACCGACCACGGUCAAGCUCUGUAGAUGCUCUGUUGAUGGUGGUAACUCUCUGUAAACCAGCCCGGCUAGCUAUGUAGUGGUUAAGUAGCUUCAUAGCUUUGCUUUGCGGUUUGUUUGAGUCAUGCAAAUAAGAAGAUUGCAAAUUAGUCAUUUUGCUAUUGUUGUUUUAUCAAAUCUAUAAAAACAUGAUUUAUCAUAUGUGCUUUUGUUGAUAUAAGUCAUUAAAGUUUCAUUCAUUGUACAGGUCAUUUGAAGUCCAGUUUUAACAUGAAUGUCUUUGAAUUUCAAAGACACUUACAGUUUUAAAAAAAUCUGUCCAUGCAUGGUUUUAUGUGACAGUAAUUAUAUUAUUCUACGAUUCAAUAAAAAAAACCUGUUACUCUCCUAGAUUAGAAAGCAUACGUCAAACCAUAAAAUGUAUUGACUAAGGGUUUAAAAAUGAGAUGUGUUAAGUUAUCUGUUUUAGUUUAACAUUAUAUUCCCCCAGGUUGUGUUUUGCACUUUAUUUAUACCUGAAGAUUAAAUCAUUUACAAUUUGGUGUGCAUUUGGUGUGCACAUAAAAAACAGAAUCCUGAUUUGAUCAUUAAGAAUUGCACCUUACAUGUUAGUGAUUUUAUACGUGCAACUCUGAAUGCCCUUGUUUGAAUUGUUUUUUUCUAAAUCAUUGUCUCAGAGUUGUAUCAUUUACAUCUAUGCUUCCUUUUAAAAAAACAGAGCUAAACAAAAUGAUGCCAACAACAACUAAUGUGAAUAUAUUUUCCUAUGCUGACUAAUAAAUGUUGUUAAAGGGUAA